AUGGCCCACCACCAUACCACUGCAGAUACUGGCGUGCUAUCACAGACGCUGUCUCGCCGCAGCGUGGCAGCCAACCUUGCUGUGACAGACGAUGAUGAGUCUGUUUACAGCACCGACAAGCUGCCCUACUCCAAGUGGCGCUGCAUCGCCCUCGUGGCCACUGUGACUGGCGCUAGCUUUUCUAAUACACUCUCGAGCCAGGCUGUCGUCAUCAUUCUACCGACCAUCGGAAGCGACCUCGGCAUCCCGUACAGCCGCCAGCAGUGGAUCGUCUCGGCGUACUCGCUGACCUUUGGCUGCUUUUUGCUGCUGUGGGGACGCAUCGGUGAUGUCUUUGACAAGAAGACCGUCUUCCUCGCCGGUUCGGUCUGGGUUACAGCCAUGACCGUGGCCAAUCCUUUUGUCCGUAACGAGGGAGCUGCUGCUAAUGUGCCCACUGCCAUUGGCAUUCUUGGCACAACCUUCCCACCCGGCAAGGCGAAGAACUAUGCGUUCGCAGCAUAUGGUGCCGGUGCACCCUUGGGCAGCAUAUUUGGCAAUCUCAUCGGCGGCCUCAUCACCUCGUAUGUCGACUGGAAAUGGGUCUUUGGUGUAUUGGCCAUCAUGGUGGCCGUUAUUACCGUAGCCGGCUUCCUCAUCAUUCCGUCUCACCCUCCACUUCAGCCAGCAUCUGCAAACAGUGCGGAAUUGGAUGCAGUCCCAGCCAAAGCAGCCCUUGCGAGCAUUGACUGGGUCGGCGCCCUGAUUAUCACGCUGGGACUGGUGGGCCUUUUGUUCGCGCUGACGGAAGAAAAUGUGGUCGGCUGGUCGACGCCAUGGGUCGGCGUGAUCAUUGGCCUGUCGGUGCUGCUGAUGGUGGUCUUUGUGUUCUGGCAGCUGUGGCUGGAGCGACCGCACAACGGCCAAGGUCGACGGGCCGGUCAGAUCUGGCCGCCACCACCGUUGGUGCGCAUGUCCAUCUUUACCAAGUCACACGAGAGCGGCGGCUCGUCAUCGCUGUUUGUGGCAGCACUGGUGAUCAUGGCCUUCUUUUUCAGCUCGUUCAACGGCUUUCUCGUCUACGCGACCUACUUCUUCCAAGACUACCAGGACCUUAGCGCAAUCCAGACGACACUGCGCUUCAUCCCCACCGGUGUGGCCGGCCUGCUGACCUGCUUCGGCGUGGCCCAGCUGCUCAGCCGCGUGCCCACCUAUCUCUUGCUGCUCUUUGGAAACGCCUGCGUCGGCAUCAGCAACCUGCUCAUGGCCGUGCCCAUCCCGGCCGAGUCGACUUCCUACUUUGCCUACAGCUUUGAGGCCAUGGUCAUCUCGGUUCUCGGCGCCGACACGGCCUGGCCCAGCCUCGCCCUCUUCGUCUCCCACGCCCUCCCGUCCGAGGACCAGGCCAUGGGCGGUGCCCUCGUCAACGCCGCCGGUCAGAUCGGCCGUGCUAUCGGCCUUGCUGUUGCGACCGCCAUCCAGACCGCCGUCAUGGCCUCUUCUCGUGGCCGCUCUAUCGUCGAUGCCGGCCCCGUAAAGUCCCAUGAACACGCCACCCUCAUUGGCUUCCGUGCCGCCAACUGGUUCAACUUCGCCCUCAGCAUCGCCGCCAUUCUCGUCGUCCUCGUCGCCUUCCGUGGCUCUGGAAUUGUCGGCAGGGUUCCCUCGAAACCGUCCGCCCGCCCGCUGCGUGCCUCUCACUGCAACUCGCCCUCGACUACAGCUAAAUCAUUGACAGACACGGAGAUCGGCGUAAAGAGCCCUAUCCAGAUCCAAGACGGCCAUUUCGACGAGAUAUAG